UCGACCUAUCAAAGCGUUGGACUGAACUUGGUACCCUCUAUAGUAUUUAUAAUGGCCCUCAUCUUCGGACAAGAAAAUCUCAGAUGGUGGAACAUCAACGGACAGGCGAAGAUAUGGGGUCUACUCCUCUCGGCCGCCGGAGCGUUGGCUUUAGUUUUGUUGAAGGGGCCAGUUUUGCUAACCUCUAUGUUGUUUAACGUUAAAGGGACAAGUGAUAGCGUCCUUGGCAGCGUCAUGAUCGUUGUUGCGGUGCUUGCGACAAGCUUUUGGAAUAUUUUAGUGGGAGUUGUGGUGACAGGGUUAUCAUAUUAUGGGAUGACGUGGUUCAUUAAGAAGAGGGGGCCUGUGUUCGCAACGGCAUUUAACCCACUUCUUAUCGUUUUCUCAUUUCUUCUACAGACAUUUUUACUAGGAAAUUCUGCAUAUUUGGGCAGCAUCAUAGGAGGAGUUUUGGUUAUAUUGGGCCUUUACCUAAUUCUAUGGGCAAAAGCCAAUGACAUGGAGAAGGAAAGGACUGUGGCGAACAAUUCUGUUUAUUCUCCCUUAGUUCAAGCAUGAAAGAGGAAGGUGAGAGUUCAACAAGAAGCUGAAAUUCUUGAGAUACAAGAUCUAUGCAUACACAUUUCUUUGGCUCAAAUGAUUUGGUUAAA